AUGUUGUUCAGACAUCUUUGGGCUUUUCCUUCUAUUUUUAUGCUUUAACAAUGUUCUGUGUUCGAGGAAUACCUGCUUCUAUGGAGUUAUACACAGACCACAUUUGUGAUGAGAAAAAGAGUGAUAAAUAG